GUGUCGUGUCCAAAUUGUUGGACGUUAAAGAGAGGGGUGUGGAGAAGAUGGGUCCGGCUUCGGCCCUGAGAAAGCAAGUUCUCACCUUAACCGAAACCGCCGCUUCCAGAAUACGGCAGCUGUUGGAACAACGGCAGCGCUCAUUUCUCAAGCUUGGUGUCAAAGCUCGCGGUUGCAACGGCUUAUCUUACACCCUUAAUUACGCAGAUGAAAAAGAGAAGUUUGAUGAGUUGGUUGAGGACAAGGGUGUUAAGAUAUUGGUUGAUCCGAAGGCUCUCAUGCAUGUCAUAGGAACCAAGAUGGACUUUGUCGAUGACAAACUGAGGUCAGAGUUCAUAUUUAUCAAUCCAAAUUCUAAAGGGUAGUGUGGCUGUGGAGAAUCGUUCAUGACCAUGAGCAGGGAAGAAGCCACCAAAAGAGGUGUUAGUUCAGGGACGUAAAAAUCAGAAUGGAUUCCCUGAAUGCAUGUAUGCAAAAAUCCAUUAGGCAUUGCAAAAUUAUUGGCAGCAAUACAUGAAGAGGAAACUAUGCCUAUAAAGAAACAGAGCACUGACUUGAAUAACUGUUCGUCAAAAUUCUGGAAUUCACCUCUGCUGCUUGAACUGGCCAUUUGUGCGUGUGUUUGUUGCUGUUGCAAUUCAUCUAACACCAAGCACUUCAGUUGCAUCCAACACCAAGCACUUCAGUU